GAUUCGUCACGUGGUUGACGCCCAACAGCCAUUUUUGUAAAACACAAACAACAAGACGACCGAGCGAGACGGGAAAACUCAUUGCGACCGUUGCAGUUGCAAAAUAAAUAGAAUAAAUUCAGCUGAAAUUCACGAUAAGGGUUUAAGUCGGACACAGGCGUGAUCAAACCAACCACGGAGCACGUACGUGCAAAAGGAGCGGUUUCUUUAAACAAGAUCCAACUCUGGAAAUACAGUGGCUGGCUAGUUUAGCCUAGCUGGCCAGCAGGCUCGCUUUGGCACAUCCCGGAGUAGAGGUGUGAGGUGUUGGGAGCCGAGAAGUGAAAUUGUCAUCAGAAUAUUUCAAAAGAGAUUUCCAUAGCAAUAGAUACAGCGUCACAAACUGCCCUGAACGUAUUUUAGCUGUGACUGCUGUCAUUAAUGCUGCCACAAGUUCUUAAUAAAAUAGCGUAUUUUCUCUCUCUCUAGUGUUUUCAAUUUGCUGAAUUGUUUUUUAAAGGUCAGAAAAAAUUGGCACGUUAGUGUGGUGUGCCAUCUUUUGGAGCGCUUUUUCUGGCUUUAUACUCGGCCUUUAUCUCCCUGAAACUGGCAGCUAUUACAGUACUUCUACAGAGUUUAGAAAUACCAAGUCCACCUCAGCACACAGAACCGUCAUAAGGGUUCUGACAGAACCAUCUCAUUCCUUUUCCACAUUUCUUCUGGUUUGCAACAGUCCUGUUCUUUGGACAAGAAACCUUGAGCCCUCUGGACACACAGAAUAUGACUGCUGAGACACUUAACUUCGGUCCAGAAUGGCUCCGUGCACUAUCCAGAGGGAAGAGCGUGACGUCCCCUCCCCCAUCCCCUGCGAUGCCAAAGUCCAAGUUGGCCGACUACCGCUAUGGCCGCGAAGAGAUGUUAGCACUUUAUGUCAAAGAUAACAAGAUUCCUGAGGACAUGCAGGAUAAGGAGUUUGCCCCCAUCCUGCAGGAUGAGCCUCAGCAGCCGUUGGCCCUGGUGCCCCUUACUGAAGAGGAGCAGAGAAACUUCUCAAUGUCUGUGAAUAGCGUGGCGGUGCUGAGGCUUAUGGGUAAAGGAGGAGGGGCUGUACCAACCGGUGUGGCGAGAGGGCGAGGAAGCACUCGAGGAGGCAGAGGAAGAGGCAGAGGAGAGGGUGGAUUCUACCAAAGAAGUGCAGAGGAAGAGGUUGGCUUUGGCCGUGGACGUGAAAUGCACCGCAGCCAGAGCUGGGAUGACAGAGGUGAACGACGCUUUGAGAAGCCCUUAAGGCGAGCUGAUGCUGGACGUGGUGGCUUUGAAGAUAGCGGAGCUGUGGGAAGAAAAGAUUAUACCCGCUCGGACAGCGAUAACUGGCGCAUACUCCGAGAGGAGCAGGAGGAAGAAGAUGAGGCGGAGCCUGGGGGAAGCUGGAGGAUUGCAGGGGCACGGCGCGAUGAUGGGGGUCCUCGUUCAGCCGGUUGGCGGGAUCACAGCAGUGGGGAAGGCCGUCGUAGGAAGUUUGACUUCGACUUCCGAGAUGGAGAGAGUGGACGGAGGAGAGCUGGGAGUGAGGGAGGAGAAGACGACAGGGAUGGCCUGCCUGAGUGGUGCACCGAUGAAGAAGAGGGGGAGAUGGGAACCUUCGACUCUUCUGGAGCAUUCAUGUGCAUCAAGAAAAGCCCCAGAGAUACAAUCCAUGAAGACCAGGAACUGGAAUUUGAGGCUCUGGAGGAAGAAGAAGAGAGUUGUCAGGAGAGAAAGGAUAGCCCUACUGAUAAACCAGAGGAGUGCGAGGUUACACGUCAGGCUGAUGUAAAGCCACCAUCACCGAUUGUUGUAUCUGCUUCCAUACCCCCUCCAGAGCAGGAGACCCCUAAAACUAUAAUCACUCCCCCCUCGAAACCUGCACCCCAGCCUGUUGAAGAUGCACCUUCAGCUGGUGGCAGCACACAGCAAAUGCGGAGGUCCUCCCCUCCCCUGACCAGUAGUACCAACCUCCCGCCAAUGGGAGGAGACACUGAAGAGGAAGAUGGCAUGAAGCACCUUCAGCAGGAGGCAGAAAAGAUGGUGGCAUCCCUACAGGACACAUCUCUCGAAGAUGAAUGUUUCACUCAAGCUCUUCAAGAGAGCCACAUCACUGCGGUGCACGCUCACCCACACCCCACCUCUCACCCACACUCUCACUCCACCCCACACACCCUUUCACACUCCGCCAGCGCCCUGCCCCUCUCCCACGAAUCCGCAAUGAAGUGGUUCUACAAAGACCCUCAAGGAGAGAUUCAAGGCCCAUUCACUAAAGUGGAGAUGUGUGAAUGGUUUCAAGCGGGGUAUUUUGCUAUGAACCUGCUGGUCAAACGUGGUUGUGACGAGGGUUUUCAGCCUCUGGGCGAAGUCAUUAAGAUGUGGGGACGUGUGCCUUUUUCUCCCGGCCCCUCUCCUCCUCCACUUCUGGGAAACAUGGACCAGGAGCUUCUGAAGAAACAGUUAGAGCAAGCUGCCACUGCAGCCCUGUACCAACAACUUCAGAUGAGAUUCCAGCACUUGAACAGGGAGUCUGGAAUAAUGCCUGCUAUGAACAGGUCCAUGUCAGUGCCAGACACCGGACCCUUGUGGGAUAUGCCUACCUCAGUCUCUCAGCAGUCAGGCGGUGAGACCAGUCUGUGGGACUUAACCAUGAGUAACUCCUCUCAGGGUCCAAAUCUUGAACAUUUGCAGAAAAUCCGUGAAGCCGAACUCAGGUUGAAGCGAGAAGAGGAGGAGAGGAAAAGGAGGGAGGAGAAACGCCGGCAGCAAGAGGAACAAAAAAGAAGAGAUGAGGAAGAACUUUAUAGACGAAAACAGUCCCGACAGCAGCAGGAGUUGAUCAUGAAGUUUCUGCAGCAAAGCCAGCAGCAGAGCGUGUCAGGAGGUGCAGGAUGGAGCGGAAGCCAGGGAGGAGCUCUAUCUAUGGGCAAAUCUGCAGGAAAAAACAUUGGACUUCUGGAGCUUGAGGCUGAGAGACUUCACAAGCAGCAGCAGCAGCAGAGAGCUCAGCAGCAGCAAAGGCACGGAGGUUUGACAAUGGGCCAGUGGGGUGACGGGCCAACGGGAAUGUGGACAGGAGCUGGCAUGGAUGGGAAGGUUGGGGGUGGCAACCCUGCUAUGGGCAUGUGGGACGAAGCCAUGAAGAACCAGGCCAGCCAUCGCAACAUUGGCCUGAAGAACAGCCGCAGCAGUCCCUCUCUCAGUGAUCAGUACAUGCUGAAUCGCCGUAAGCGUACUGAUGAGGAGGAGAGGCUACUGAAGCUGCUUCAAGGGAUGAAACCUCAGGAUGGUUUCACCACUUGGUGUGAACAGAUGCUUCACGCUCUCAACACCUCUGCAAGUAACUCAUCUUCAGCAGAUGUGCCCGACAUCGUGGCAUAUCUGAAGGAGGUGGAGUCUCCGUAUGAUGUUCACGACUUCAUCCGUAUUUAUCUGGGUGAUACUAUUGAAGCCAAAGAGUUUGCCAAGCAGUUUCUGGAGCGCCGUGCCAAACAGAAAGCAAACCACCAGAGACAACAGCAGCAGCAGCUAUCCAAGGAAGUUUCUGGAUUGAACAUGAACUUCCCCCUGCAGUCGAUGUUCCAGGCAGCUCACAUGAAUAAGGGCGGCAGUGUGUACGACACUCAGGGAGGAAAAGCGAAGAAAAAGUCUAGCAUGAUGUUCCCCUCCGACCCCAGUAUCCUCGGCUACUCAUACCUGGGGGGAGGUGAGCUGGAGCAGGUGGAGGAUUACUGACCCAGCCCGUCUACUUGAGUUUACCUGAGGCCUUAAACCUGGAGCAAAUCAGCAGAGGAAUGUGCACUGCUCAGUGAGGGGAGGGGCGGGGCAAUAUUUGCCAACGCCCCCCUCUUUCUUUCCCCCUCUUUCUCUCUCACUCUGCACUGCGAGAGGAGCAGGAGAGAGGGUUAUUGGGAGGUUCAGUGUGAAGAGGAGAUCCUUUUCCACCUUCCUCCAGUAAAGCACCUUACUUAAACCAUUGCACUUUAAUGUUUUCAUAUUUGAAAUGGAGUUUUUUUUACAAUGCAAAAAUGUGUGAAUAUAUUGUUGCAUAUAUUAUAUGUAGAGUAUUUGUAUGAGUAUACAUACGAGCGGUAGGAACGGAGCGGUUUUUCCGCUGUAUCGAACGCGAAGGUUAAGAGCAUUCUUAGGGGAGGUGAGACCAUCUCUCCUAAAAGACAAACACUGUUGUAUUUUUAUGUUCAUGGUAAAGCUAUAAAAAUUGAAUCUGAAAACUUGAAGAUUUGCACUUGUUUAACAUAAAAGAAAAAGAGAAAAAAAUUAAACUUUAGAAUAGAUUUUUGUGAACAUGAGUGCGUGCGUUUAGUGUGUGAGAUGAAGAAAAGUCUGCACAAAUUUUAUUGCUUACCGACAUGUAUAAAACAGAUGCCAUGCUUUUAUUUUGUUCGACACAAUUUUUGUACUUCAUGUGUGCUUAAUUGCGUGAGUGUGGUUGGACAGAAGAAUUUUGUGUUAGCUCUUUUUGUACAUAGGUUCUUCAUAAGAGGCGUAAUGGACAGUCAAGCAUUGCAUUUUUACCCUCCAGUGUUUCAAAGCAUGGCUGAGGUGCUCUUUGGCCCGUUCGGCUGUGUUCUAAGAGGGCGAUCAGGGUCUCCGAGCUUGUGUUUGGUGUGUAAAUGUAGCUCCUCUGUUGUCUGUACACAAACUAUACUUGCGUUACAACUCUUCCCCUUCCCUUUUGGCCUUCUUUGUCCGUGAUGUGUGAAGUGUCUUCUGUCCAGAAAGAUUGUGUGUGUGUGUGUGGAUUUUGUUGGCUGGUAUUGGAGUCAGUCAUCACAGAGCUGUGAUCCUGUGUGCGUCUGUUGUUACUUUAUCAUUGCUAAAGGAUGAAUGAUUUAUUUUUUUAAUGUUCUAUACAAAGUAAGUAUUUGAACUUUGAGUUGGAGCACUUUCUAGGCUGCUACCUUGUAUUUUUUUGAAUAUGUUUUUCUUGUUUGUUUUUUAUUUUAAUUCUAAGGAUGUUGUAUUAUGAAUGAAUGUAUUUCAAAAAAUGUAUAACAAUGCAUCAAAAGCAAGGCUCGAGUGUCUCGGAGCGGGACAUGCCUCCUCAUCCAAAAUAUGCCUAUUAUCAGAGGUCAGAUUCUGGGACGUGUGUGGCCUGUAUGGACCUGACGGUCUCCGGCUGCUUGUGCUCUUCCAAAACUUACACUGCAUCCGGAGAUUCCAAGUUUCUUACCCAUCUCGAUGGAACGUGCAGGACUGUCAGUUUUCUGUCUUAAUUGCGCUUUUAAUACAGCGCCAAUGAGAGCCAAGGAUCUUGCAGUUUGUAGCAGUCUUUUUUUUGAAGAGAAAAUCUAUUUUUUGUUUGUUUUUGAAAGAAAGUCUAUUAGUUUUUCCACAAAACAAUUUUGGGAUCGUGAUCCAUGUUGUUUUGCAUCAAUUCACCCGAAUCCUCUGAAAAGAGAAAGACUUUGAGGAUCAGAAUAUAAGAUUUUGGUACUUGAUCUAUAGAAAGAAAAGAUACCUGCUUUAAUGCAUAUUUCACUCUUUAUUCUGACUGGAUUAUAUUUUUGUAAAGAAAGAUAUGGACUGAAAACAAGCACUAACUCAAAUGCCAUCCUGUAGUUGGAGGAGUGGCAACCAGCUGCGAUUAGUGGUACAAAGAGAGGGAAUGUGUGUGGAUCCAUCUCCCACACACACUAUCAAAGGAGGAUGGAUAUUUCUUCAUCAUUUGCCAGCUCUCUGAAACACUUUCACAUGAAGGAAAUCCCACGGCAUUUGAAAAAAGUUGUCAUUUGAAUGUUUGAUUAAAAAAUCCUUUAUGCCUUUAUAGAAGAAAAUACUGUGUGGAGAAUCGCAGAUUAUCACAUCUAUCAAUCAUAUUUCUUUAAAACUACCCUCCCCACCAAGGGAGUCCAGAUGUGAUGAAGUUUAGGAGGGGUAGACGAACUAAAGCAAAGCCCCCUCAUUUCUUCACGCACUUGAACUAAAUCUCAAGGACAAGGGCAUAUUGCCUGUUUAUAAAAGAAGAAAAAUGGAUAUAACCGUAGUUACCGAAGAAAUGGAUGUAAAUGAAAAUCCUGAACUGCAAUUAAACAGUUUUUGAAAAUGGAAGUAACCUAGGAUCUUCCUGCUGGGACCAGCACGUACACCAGGAUGCAUCCAGUAUCAUCAAACAGGAUUAAGCAAGAGACCACCGUUGUUUCCUUGUAUUUGUUCAAAAAUAGAAUGGGACCUAUUGACGGACUAGGUGCGUGCAUGCAUGUGCAGGGACUAUAUGUGUCUGUACAUGGACACUUGUAAGUUUGCCUCGCCCCUGGCUAAGGAGUGGACUUGGAUGCCCUGUAAAUAAUGUAAAUGAUUUUGGUCCCUGUUAGUUCUGUUCACCUUAGGCAAUCAUUCUUAGGGUGUUUCACAUGCCUUAAGUGUACAAAAUAGAUCAACCCUGGUAAACAUUAACAUAACACUUGUUAGCAAAACACAGCGCAGGCUCUAUCUACACUCAUUUAUGUAUUCAUCUAAAGAAAUCUGAGCCUGGCUGGAUGUUUCCCCUACAUUGAAAUCACUCAUAACAUUCUGUGGGUUGUUUCCACAGUGUUUUCUGUGUAUUAUUGGUAUGUUAAUGUUUAAGCAAAUAACAGCAACUUUUGACAUGUAAAGAUGAAGGUUGAUGUAUGCUGAAAUCUAAAAAAAAAUUAAGAUGAACAGGAGGGAGAUUGCUUCCUUUUAUCAGUUUGGCAAGUGUUUUUUUUUUCUUUGUUUAAAUGAUUAGGUGGGUACAUACAGAAGAUGAGAAUUAGUCUUGAAUUUUCUUUGAAAAGAUCAAAAUAUGUAAACAGGAAAUAAAACUUUUAAAGGUUUAAUAA